AUGUGUUCCGUUUUAGUUACUGGUGCAAAUAGAGGAAUUGGACUAGGAUUGGUGAAACAUUUAUUAUCAAAUCAAGCGUUUAAUGUGGAGAACGUAUUUGCGACUUGCAGAGAUAUGGGAAAAGCCAAGGAAUUAAUGGAAUUAAAAAAGAAUCCACAACUUCAUAUUCUGGAAGCGGAUCUAAUUGAUCAUGGAUCAUUCUUUAAUUUGGCUUCACAAGUUUCAAAUAUUGUCAAAGAUAAAGGUCUUAACGUACUAAUUAACAAUGCUGGGAUAUCAUCAAAAUUUACUAGGAUUGGCUUAGUAAAAUCUGAAGAUUUAUUAAACCAUUUCAAAAUAAAUACCAUUGGUCCUAUAAUGUUAACACAAGCAUUAUUACCAUUAUUAAAAAUGGCUUCAGAAAAAGAUAAAUCUGCUACUGGAGUAUAUAAAGCUGUAAUUGUUAAUAUGAGUUCAAUUUUGGGUUCCAUCACUAAAAAUGAUCAAGGUGGUUUUUAUCCAUAUAGAACAAGCAAGAUUAAAUUCAUGCAAACAUUUGGAUAUUUGGUGCAAGAUGGUCCCCAAGCAUUAACUGCCAAAGAUGAAUUGGUUACUGCUUUGAAAUUAGUACAAAAGUUUGGUGGAUUAGAACAAACAGGAAUAAUUGAUAAUAAUACUUUAAAGUUAGUGAAGUCAAAACGUUGUGGUGUACCUGACAUAUCCCUAAAACAAAAGAAUACAAAAAAUAAAAGAUUUGUAAUACCUUCAAAUGGUUGGAACAAACGAGUUAUUACUUAUUUCAUAUCUAAUUUUACCCCAAAAUUAUCACGUGAUGGUAUCACGAAUGAAAUUCAAAGAGCAUUUACUAAGUGGAGUCGGUAUAGUCGAAUCACAUUUUCAGAAGUAUAUAAUGCUAAUGCAGAUAUCUUGAUUUCAUUUGGAGUUUCCAAUCAUGGAGAUCAGUUUCCAUUUGAUGGUCCUGGUAAUGUCCUUGCACAUGCAUUUUAUCCAAUGGAACUAGGAUUUUUAGGCGGAGAUAUACAUUUUGACGAUAGUGAAGACUGGACAUUAGACAACUCUUACAAUGGUGUUGAUUUCUAUUCUGUGGCUAUUCAUGAAAUGGGCCACAGUUUAGGAUUGGGACAUUCGUCAGAACCUAAUUCCAUUAUGAAUCCCUAUUACACAGGUCCACAACCUCAAGAUAUUGGAUAUGACGAUAUAUUGGGAAUGCAUUCAUUGUAUAUUUCUAGAACUUUGCCCGAAGAUCAUGUGAAUUUUUUACCAAGUACUAUUCAACCACAGUCGAGUCCUAGGGUACCUAACAAACCACAUGUACAUUGGUCUUCAUUUAGCCAUGAAACAUGUACAGAUGAUGACAUAGUAACACUAGAGUCAGUGACUACUUAUAAGCCUGAAGUUUCAACUCGUAAAAAUAAUAAUAUAGAUGAAUGCAAAGGUAAUUUUGAUGCUAUUUCAUGCUUCCGUGGAGAAAUUUUCGUGUUUAAAAACAGCAUAUUAUGGAGAUUAAACAGCCCUGGAUCCAUACAACCACGUUAUCCGGUACAAUUAUUAAGGUUCUUUCAAGUAUUAGCAGAGUCCAACCAAGCUAUUGUCAAAAUUGAUGCAGCAUACGAAAGGCCGGACUCUAAUAUUGUUUUGUUUCAUGGUAAUAGUUAUUAUGUAUUCAAUGGAAAUCAUUUGAUAGAAAAUAGUCCAAGACCUAUUAUGGAUUAUGGAUUUCCACAUUUUGUUGAUAGAGUUGAUGCAGUUAUGAUGUAUGGAGUACCACCAAUAACUUAUCUUUUUAGUGGGGAAUACUUUUGGGUGUAUGAUGAUCAACAUAAAUUGUUACUACAAAGGCAUAGAUCAAUUAAAGAACAUUUCAGAGGUGUAAGAACUCCAAUAGACGAUGUUUUCACGUGGAAAUCUGGAGAUACAUAUUUCUUUAAUGGAAAUCAGUUUUGGAAGUUUGAUCAUAAUCACAAUAAAACGGAAGAUGGAUAUCCAAAAAAUGCUGCAGAAUUUUUACUUGGAUGUAAUUCUUAAUGUAUAGUUUUAUUAUUAACAUUAUAAAUUUGUAAAUUAUUAAUAAGCAAAUAUAAAUAAAUUGUAUAGAUUUACUUAAAGGACAAGUGUUUAAAAAAUAAGAUAACUACCAAUGUAUAUACUUUAAUUUAAUAAUUAUUUACAAUAUAUAUUUAUAUUAUGAGGUAGGUACAUGCACAUAUUAUACGUAAAUAAUUAAACUAGCUAGUAAUAUAUUAUAUUAUAUUAUUAUGUAUAUUGGUUGGAACUUUGUAUAGGCCAUGUAAAAUUUGAUCCAGCCUAGUAAUAUAUGACUGAAAAUAUUUGAAUACCCCAAACUCUGAACAAUGAAUAUAAAGAUUAUGCCGUCAACUUUUUUAUGGCCGGUUAAAAUCCUAAAACUUGGUUUGCUAAUACCUUGCCUAUCCAGCGCUGGCACUAACAUUUAUUGUGAUAUGUAAUUAAAAUUACCAAAAAAUGCUUUAAAAUUUUAAGAGUAAAAACAUUAUAUUUAUGAAAACAAACAUUGGUAUUAUAAUAAUUAAAAAUGCUGAAAUUUCUAUAUGGCUGUUUUAUAAAAUAUAAAGAAAUAUGC